AUGGCCGGGUGGUCGAUGGUAGCCGGCGAGGAAGCCGUCGAUUUUGGCAACACUCUGAAGAAUCUCGUAGCGAGUAGGUCUCCUGACGGCGUUUACUCCCCAGAUUCUGCUGGGUCGGAUUUUGAAAAGACGAUUAAGGAACUCGUCUCCUUGUUCCGGCGCGUACUCAAAUGUUUCCUGGUCGAGUUUUGCUCGGGGGAUAUUCACCGACCUCUCCCUCCGGUGACCAGCGACGGUGGAGAAGUCGAUUUGUUCAACCUUUUCGUAAACGUGAGCCACAGGGGCGGCUUUGAUGCCGUUUCUGAUAAAAAGGGUUUAUGGGAUAAAGUUGCUCAGGAGUCUGGAUUAGGGUCGAAGAACUCAACAUCUGCGAAAAUGAUCUAUGUCAAGUAUCUUGAUGCUCUUGGUCGAUGGUUGAACAAGGUUAUUGCAGGUGAUGGAUAUGCUAGUAGCGUGGAGUUGAGUGGAAUCUCGGAUCAUUUGAUGGGCAAGCUUAGAGAUUUUCUAUCUGAAGUGAGAAGGAAGUAUGAGCUGAAGAAAGGUAGUGCUGCAAUGGAGUUAGGGGCAGAGCUCAAAUGGUUUAUCGCAAAGACCAAAAGAAGGUAUGACAAGUACCUAAUUGCGUCUGGCUCUAACGGUGCUGUGUUGGAGAUUGAGGGAUCGCAACCGACUGAGGAGAGACUUAUGCUCCUUGAUGCUGGUAACGGGGAAGGCUCUUCUCCUGCUAAGAGAAAACGGGAAUGUCCUUUGGGGACGUUUAAAUGGUUAAUCCAGGCUGCAAAGGAUCCAUUUGACCCGUCUAUCGGUCGCUUGCCAGAUAGAUCAGCUUGGGGGUUUUAUGGAAGUGAAGAGCCAUGGAAACAACUUCUCCUGUUCAGGGCCUCAAGAACAGUCUCUGAUCCAACUUGUGAAAAGACUUGGCAGAAAAUCAAGAAGAUGCACCCGUGUCUCUAUGACGAUAGCAAUGGGCCUGGUUACAAUCUCAGAAAGAGAAGCUUUUGGAAUGGCUAUUUUGCUGAUGAUGAGGAUAGACCAUGUUCUCGAGUUGGGUCAGACUUUCAAGCUGAAGUACCCGAGUGGACAGGCAUCACCACUGAAAGCGAUUCCAAGUGGUUGGGCUCUCAGAUAUGGCCACCACCGAGCAAAGAAAACGACAACAGUCUCUGUCUUAUCGAAAGAGAUCCCAUUGGAAGAGGAAGACAAGAUCCUUGUGGCUGCCUAGCUCCAGGUUCUUUUGACUGUGUCAGGUUUCACAUCAUCGCAAAUCAGGAGAAACUCAUACUUGAACUUGGUUUGGCUUUCUACAUGUGGUGUUCUGAUACCAUGGGAGAAGGGACUCUGCAGUAUUGGACAGACUCGGAACUGGAGAAGCUGAAUUCUAUGAUGGUUUAUCCACCAACUCUUAGCCCAUCUUUCUUGGAGGAGGUCAAGGCGGCUUUUCCUUCAAAGUGCCUAGCAAAGGUUGUGAGCUACUACUACAACGUGGCCCUUUUGCAGUAUAGAGCAAAUCAGAAUAGGAUCACUCAUGAGGAGGCCGACAGUGAUACUGAUCAGUUCUACGAUAAAGAACCAACCUCGGGAGCAAGCACAUCUCAGGACCCCGUCCUGUUUUCGUCCAAGAAAAGACGUCAGUAG